UCAUGUAUAAAUGGACAGUUUAGUUGUGAUGGUAGUAAUUGUAGCCGAGAAUGUACAGCUGAAGAAUUUAAAUGUGUUGAUGAUGGACUUUGUGUUGAGAAGAAGUAUCUAUGCAAUGGUAUCUUUAAUUGCCGAGAUGGAUCAGAUGAGGUCAACUGCAGUGAAACUAGAACAUGUAGUGAAGAAGAAUUUACAUGUAAUAACGGAAGAUGUGUACCCAUGGCAUUUAAAUGUGAUGGACACAAUGAUUGCCAAGAUUUCUCUGAUGAAUUUAAUUGUAAACAAUGUAAGGACACUGAAUUUAUGUGUUCUCUAACUCCACUACAAUGUAUUGCUAAACAACUAUUGUGUGAUGGACAUGAUGAUUGUGGUGAAGGAACUGAUGAAAUCAACUGU